AUGGCUUUCCUUUUAACUUGCUUAUUUCUGUCUUGUGUGAGCAGUGUUUGGGGAAAUCAGCCAGUACCAGAUACCAGUAUCUAUUUGGAUAACAUAACGCGCAUAUUGGACAGAUUGCUGGAUGGCUAUGACAACAGGCUGCGACCUGGAUUUGGAGGUCCAGUUACAGAGGUCAAAACUGACAUCUUUGUCACCAGCUUUGGACCUGUUUCAGAUGUGGAAAUGGAAUACACCAUGGACGUCUUCUUCCGUCAGACAUGGAUCGACGAGCGGCUGAAAUUCGAGGGCCCCAUCGAGAUCCUGCGGCUCAACAACCUGAUGGUCAGCAAGAUCUGGACUCCGGACACCUUUUUCCGGAAUGGCAAGAGGUCGAUCUCUCACAACAUGACAACCCCCAACAAGCUGUUUCGCAUCAUGCAGAACGGAACUAUCCUCUACACCAUGAGAUUAACUAUAAAUGCCGAGUGUCCCAUGCGUCUGAUGAACUUUCCGAUGGAUGGCCAUGCCUGCCCGCUCAAGUUUGGGAGUUAUGCUUACCCCAUCAGUGAGAUUGUAUACACUUGGAAGAAAGGUCCUCUGUCCUCUGUGGAGGUGCCACAAGAAUCAUCCAGUUUGCUGCAAUACGACCUCAUCGGUCAGACGGUGUCCAGCGAGAGGCUAAAGUCCAAUACAGGUGAAUAUGUCAUCAUGACAGUCCACUUCCAUCUUCAAAGGAAAAUGGGCUUCUUCCUGAUUCAGACAUAUAUUCCCUGUAUUAUGACCGUCAUCCUGGCCCAAGUCUCGUUCUGGAUUAAUAAAGAAUCAGUUCCAGCGAGGACGGUGUUUGGUAUCACCACCGUCUUGACCAUGACAACGCUCAGUAUCAGCGCCCGCCACUCCCUCCCCAAAGUUUCUUACGCCACAGCCAUGGAUUGGUUCAUCGCCGUUUGCUUUGCCUUCGUUUUCUCUGCCCUAAUUGAGUUUGCGGCCGUCAACUACUUCUCCACCCUGCAGGCCAACAGGGAGCUGAGGAAAGCGGCAGCCAUGAAGGCGGCGGCUCAGGAGGCAGCAGCUGCAGCUGCAGCACCGGCUCCAGCCACGGGGAACGACGGAGAGGUUUCCUCAGUGGAUGCCAGCAGUGUGCUGAAGAAGAGGAUGAAUUCUGCCCCGCUGUUUGACCGCCCUGCCAAAACAUUUCCCAACCCACCUGUCAAUGCCCAGGCCUUCCUGCAGCAGGGUUCAGCUGUGCCAGCCAACAACGUUCUGACGGGCACCAGCAUCAUCGACAAAUACUCCCGCAUCCUCUUCCCACUUUCUUUUGGCGCCUUCAACCUGGUCUACUGGAUCGUUUAUCUCACCAAGGACACGAUGGAGAUGUCCAGGGAUACGGUAUAAGCCAAGAGUUCGUCUUCCUGGGAAUGAGACAUCCACACACAUUUCAUAAACCUGCACAGGCACACACACACACAC